GCCUGGUUUGCAGUGAACACUGGCUCGGAUGAUGAGCGUUCUUCUCGAUCGCUUAUCUGACAUUUCCGAAGUUACCGAGGAAUUCUCAAACUGUUGUCAGUGUUGUGGGUAGUGUUGUCGUUGGCUACUGCUCUUUCCUUCCAGUCUCUUGCCAGCUUUGUGUAGAUUCGGGAAUUAUCUUUGUACGGAAACUGGCUGUGACGGGCAAAGAGAGCAGCCAGCAGUGACUGCAACGUGUAGUCGCUCUGCAGCUGCGAACCGUCGCUCGGGCUUCUCUUGAGUCUUGACGCUUUCUCUUUCCCUCGUGUGGGACCUGCCCCACUCUUUGCACCGUCCGCCAUGCAGAGCUCCGCCCUGGCCCGCCGCGUGCUGGAUCCGCGCCACAAGAGCGCCGCCGCCAACGGCGCCCUGUCGGACUUCCCCUUCCCGCGGCAGCACUACGACGCGGACGACGACCUGCUGAGCCACUACGCCAGCCCCAAGCAGACCUACGACCCCCUGCCCCUGGCGCUCUUCCCGCGCCCCGAUCCCCACAAGGAGCAGUACGAGUCCGCCUGCUUCCCCUGCUUCAAGUACUACGAUCUCAACAAGUACUCCCUGCAGGAUGCGAUCCGAUUGUCGGCGAUGGACAUCAUCCCGAAGGACGCGCUCAAGUCGGUGAAGGAGCAGCCGCAGCGCGCCAAGCGGCUGAAGCGCAGCACGGCGGAGUCGGCGCUGGUGGCGGGCUACUACCGCAACAAGAACGAGGGCCUGGAAGUGGACUACCACUUGGGCCGCGGUGGUCCCGCCGCCAAGACGACGGACGGCGGCCGACCGGGGCGCACCCGCCGCGCCGCCGAGGAGCCGCCGGAGAAGGCCACGCCGCUGGUCUUCAAGUCCAUCCUGGAUCUGGGCCGCGCCACGGGCGGCGGUCGCUCGCAGAGCCCCAAACCCGCGGGACCGUCUGCGGCCAGCAAGGCGCCCGCAGCGGCCAAGGCGCCGCCCACCACCGGGCCCAACGGCAACGGCGGCGUCACCGCCAAGAAGCAGGGCAAACGCACCGAGUUCCUGGCGCAUCUCAGACAGGAAAUGCGCCCGGCCACCGCCCAGCCGGGCAUGUCGCGGCUGGACCAGCAGCUGCGCGCGGGCGGGCCGCGCCGCACCCGCGGCCAGUCGAUGGUGGCCCCGCCGCCGCCCCUCCCGGCCGCGCUGCCCCCGCCCAUCCCCAGCCUGGUCGGUCUGUCGUCGGCCCGUCGCAAGGCCCCCAUCGUCACGGUGCAGCAGCGCAAGACGCGUCCGGCGCCGGCUGCCGCGCGUCCCCCGCCGGCGCCCGCCCUCGACACCUCCUCCUCCAUGGACGAAGAGAAGAUGGCCGCCGAGGCGCUGGGCGUCAUCGCCCACGAGGAGCUCGGCGACUCGGACGAGGAAGUCUAUCCCUAUUAUUAGUCCUUUCUUCUUUUCCUUCUUUUGCUCGAAAUUCGAAUAAUGCUGGACAAGUACAAUUCACGGUAUGAAAGGUUUCAUGAUUUUUUUUCCAAUGGUUGCUUAUGGUUGUUGAUAACUGAUCUAAAGCGUCGCAGAGGAAUGGGGUUUUUGAAUGGCGUGUUCUUGUUUUUGGCCGAAUGGGGUCACAUCUCUGUACCGUGUAAUGGGAAAUAGUAUUCUGUCAACAGGGAUUUUUGUUGUGCCGCCGGGUUAUGCCGGUAGCUUUAGUGGUACAGCGCAACGCUGCCAUAUUUCUGUACUGUCUAACGGGAAAUAAUAAACUGCCAACAGCGA